AACCAAUUCCUUUUCAGUUUUCACUCUCUCUCUCUCUCGAGCCUUACACUCCUCCAUUCUCGAUACUUUUUUCAAUUCAGGAUCUCUUCGAAAUCUCCACCGCCUUACAAUCUUCGAAAGCCUAAAUUGGAUUCACAUUGUCGUAUGCGAUCCAUUGUUUGAUGCACGUAACCCUACUUGAACGAAAUUCCGCCUCCGCCUUUUUGAUUUUUUUUUUUGAAGUUGCUUGACCGCCCCGCCGGUGGUGGGGAAUGACGGAGGCGCAGCCGACGGAGAACGGCGGAGGGAUGGCGGCGGCAUCUGAGCAAAUCGGUACAAAGCGUCAGCGACGACCUAGCGUCAGGUUGGGCGACAUCGGCGGGAAUCAUACCUCUUACGAGCACCGCAGAGACAGAGUUAAGGCGCCAUGGAAGGACUCGUCCAGCAAGGCCGCUUCCAAGACUCGGCAUCUCACCAACUUUUCAAGUAAUGAAACCCUAACCCUCGCUGAUAACAAUGCCAAUGAUAAUACUGGUAGAAAUGCGAACAAAAAGAUUAGUAAUAAUGUGGAUGAGGAUGACGAUAGAGGUGAUAAUUUAGAUAGUGUUGCGAUUGGUAGCUGGAAGGUUAGGGAUUUGAAAUCUAAAAGAGGUGCGACGACUAAGAGAGUGAGGUCCAAUUGGUUUUCCAGCUCCAAAGCCAAUGAGAGUGAUGGGGAUGACAAGGUAAUUAGUGGUAGCAGGGAAGAGGUGGAGAAUAAUGAUGAAAUUUGUCCCGAUUCUGAAACCGAGGAUUCAGAGCACACCCCACUUCAUCCGUUGGAUAACAAUAAGAAUAACACUAAUGCAGGCAUGGGUGAUGAUGCCAGAGGAAUUGGGAAUUUGACUAGUAGGAGGAUGACUAGGGUUUCAGAGGAGGGGCCAAGUGAUACUGAAUUCAGGAACUGGAACUACUCAUCUGAGAGAAAUGGGGUGAAAGUAUGGUUGAAUCAGUUAGGACUUGGGAGGUAUGCCCCUUUGUUUGAGAUUCAUGAGGUUGACGACGAGGUUUUGCCAAUGCUGACCUUGGAGGAUCUUAAGGAUAUGGGGAUCAAAGCAGUUGGUUCUCGGAGGAAAAUGUACUGUGCCAUUCAGAAACUUAAUAAAGGGUUCUCCUAGAAGCCUAAAUUGAAGCAGCUACUAUGUCUGUUGGCCAUCCAUUGUGAGGUUUUUGUUUGCAGUAAAUUGCUGGUUCAACAAGAAAGAGGAUGAGAAACUGCUUUCUUCAGAAACUGAAGGCAGAAACAUGAGCAAAAUUAGCUAUCAGACAGGUAGGUACAAGGACAUAUAACAUUUCCUUCAGAAGCACUAUCAACCUCAAUGAGGAUUUAAUUUUCAAGCCAGAGAAAAAGUUUGCAGACCUUUUCACACUUCGCAGGAAUCACAUUCGACAACCCUAAGUCCCUAACGGCCUAAGCAGUCCGGCAGACGACGCACGGAAAUCCCCAUCUGCUAGCCGCAGCCGCCACUCCACCAGCCCCAUCCGCCGGCCGCAACUGCCGCUCUGCCAGCCCCAUCCAUCCAGUCCAGCCUAUCCCCAU